CCCAAGCCUGCCUGUGAAGCCGUACCUGUCAACGACCAGUGUUCCCGACUUUUAGAGCUUGUCAAGGAUAUUUCCAGCCAUUUGGAUGUUACAGUGCUCUGUCACAAAAUCUUUCUCCACAUCAAUGAAGUCAUUGCUGCUGACAGGUAUUCACUCUUCCUCGUGCACGAGGACAGCUCAAAUGAAAAGUUUCUUGUGAGUCAGCUCUUCGAUGUUGCAGAAGGUUCCACACCUGAAGAAACUUCAAACAAUUGCAUCCGAUUAGAAUGGAACAAAGGAAUUGUUGGAUAUGUAGCAGCUACAGGAGAGCCUCUGAACAUUAAAGAUGCAUAUGAGGAUCCCAGAUUCAAUGCAGAAGUUGACCAGAUCACAGGGUACAAGACACAGAGUAUUCUGUCGAUGCCGAUAAAGAAUCACGAAGAUGAGGUUGUUGGUGUUGCUCAAGCAAUCAACAAGAAAUGUGGAACAAAUGGAACAUUCACUAAAAAAGAUGAGAAGGAUUUUGCUGCCUAUUUGACCUUUUGCGGGAUUGUACUUCAUAAAGCCAAAGUGUAUGAGACUUCACUACUUGAAAACAGGCGCAACCAGGUUCUACUUGAUCUAGCAACCCUAAUAUUCGAGGAGCAACGUUCCUUGGAAGUAAUUUUGAAGAAGAUUGCAGCAACUAUCCUUUCGUUCAUGCAAGCUCAGAGCUGUACCAUCUUCAUUGUGGAUGACAGCUCUUCUGAUUCAUUUUCCAGUGUCUUCCACAUGACUUCAGCAGAGCUGGAAGAUCCGUCAGAGUUCCAGAGAAGGAGUUAUGACACAAAUAAAAUCAAUUAUAUGUUUGCAAAGUAUGCAAAAAGCACCAUGGAAACCUUAAAUAUUCCAGAUGUUAACAAGGAUGCACGGUUUACAUGGACUAAUGAAAAUGCAGAAAAUACAAACAAACAAAUAAAAAGCUUGCUCUGCACCCCAAUUAAAAAUGGAAAGAAGAAUAAAGUGAUAGGCGUCUGUCAGUUGAUGAACAAAAUUGGUGAAACCGUUGACAAAAUCAAUGCCUUUAAUAAAAACGAUGAACAGUUUCUGGAAGCAUUUGCCAUUUUUUGCGGCUUGGGAAUACAGAACACUCAGAUGUAUGAAGUUGUUGAAAUGGCCAUGGCAAAACAGAUUGUGACACUUGAAGUCCUUUCAUAUCAUGCAUCUGCCACUGAAAAUGAAACUGAGGCGCUUCAGGUAAAAGCGGCCAUGGCUGUCCCUUCUGCUCAUUCACUGAAGCUGCUAGAUUUUAGCUUCAGUGAUUUUGACUUGACUGAAGUUGAAACAACGCUGGCUGCCAUCCGAAUGUUCAUAGAUCUGAAUUUUUUACAGAAUUUCCAGAUGAAAUAUGAGGUUCUUUGCCGCUGGAUUUUAAGCGUUAAAAAGAAUUAUCGAAGACAUGUAGUAUAUCACAAUUGGAGACAUGCAUUUAAUACCGCUCAAUGCAUGUUUGCUGUGCUGAAAUCUGGAAGGAUUCAGAACAAGUUAACAGACCUGGAGAUUUUAGCUCUUAUUAUAGCAACCCUGAGCCAUGAUCUAGACCACAGAGGGGUGAACAAUGCUUUCAUAAAGAGGAGUGAGCACCCUCUAGCUCAGCUUUACUGUCACUCCAUGAUGGAACAUCAUCACUUUGAUCAAUGUGUCAUGAUACUCAACUCUCCUGGAAACCAAAUUCUGAGUGGCCUUUCUCUGGAUGAGUAUAAAAUGACACUGAAAAUGAUUGAACAGGCCAUUUUAGCCACAGACCUUGCAAUCUACAUGAAGAGGAGAGAUGAAUUUUUUGAUCUAGUGAAAACCAAUCAAUUUGACUGGGAAGUUAGAAGUCACAAAGAACUUUUAAUGGCGAUGUUGAUGACAGCAUGUGAUGUGUCUGCAAUAACCAAACCUUGGCCUGUUCAACAAAAGACAGCCGAACUUGUGGCAACAGAAUUUUUCGAACAAGGUGACAAGGAGAGGGAGGAAUUAAAUAUUGAACCCAUUGAUUUAAUGAACAGAGAGAAAUGUGAUCAGAUCCCAAGCAUGCAGGUUGGAUUCAUUGAUGCAAUCUGUCUGAAGUUAUAUGAGGCUCUGGCAGAGAUAUCUGAAGCUUGUCUUCCAUUGCUUGAAGGCUGUAGGAAUAAUCGAAAGAACUGGGAAAUGCUAGCCACUCAAAAACUGGUGAAUGGAGAAAAGAAAUGAUGACUUUGGUAUUCAUCCUGUAGCCUACUGAGAACACAGGACUCAUCUUUUGGGAUGAAUUUAGAGCUGACAAGCUGGUUUAUUUUCUCUGCCAAUUGUGUAUAGAAUGCAGUAAACACUUUUAGUAACUCACUGAAAUAAGAACCAUUAGCUCGUAACUGGUUGGGCUGUUUUCCAAAUCCACUUUGACAAGCUGUUAUUUUCAAUUUAAUUGUUAUCACUUUCAUAGAUCAUAGGCCAGCCAACAAAGCUGGCUGAAUGUAUUGGCCGUUUGUUAAUGCCAGUCAGAGAAGGAAGGGGACAGCCAAGUCCUGCAAUGUAAAGGAUCCAGGGGUUUCACAGCCCCUUGAAAUUUUGAAGUUUUAACUUAGCAGACAGGCUCUUAAUACUUAUUUUAAAAUGUGUAGGUCAAGUGUAAAUGAAUUGGUCAAUUAUUAUUCAAAAAUAUACCUUACAACCUGACACAUUAUUGUUCAAUUUUUAAAAAUAAUUUCCUAGCUAGAUUUGGCUGCUAUAAAUUUUGUGUCUAGCUUUGAGAGAAUGAAAGAAAUACCUGUAAUCUUGCUUGGGGAUGUGAUUUGUCCCAUGAAUAAGUGCAGCAUUCCUUUUCUUAGCCAAUUCAUGUGCUGGGAGAGUUGUAUGGCUUCCAAUCAAUGAAUUUAUAUAUUAUUUAAUUUCACUGAAAAUGAGAUUUAUCUCUUGGUCUUGCACACAAAGAAAUUGUAGCAGUUGAAUCUUGUAAAGGCGAGUCUAUUAUAUUUUACAACAUUGUUGGGAUAGUUUUAUAAGGGGUAGCAUGUUUUACAUUCCAAAGUGCACAUAUUUCUGUGUAUUGAUGAAAGGGAUACAAGGCACAGCAACACACCAUCAACAAGUUAUUUUUCUGAUAUUUGUACAUGGUGGCAUUACAGAAAUGCUUUUGCACAGUUUUUGAAUGUUGUAAUUAAUUAUAAAUGGUUAAUUUCUGGCAGUAAUAAUUAUUGUGUGCAUUCAUUAAUCCCAUGUUCCAGGUGUUGUUGCUCCUGUCAAUUGUGGCUUCCAAUCGCAACUAUAAGAUUGGUGAUUUUACCCAAAUGUUUUUAUAAAUAGAAUGACCCUAAUAAUCACCUACUUCGGUGCUACAUUGUCAUAGAGACCAUUAUCCUUUAUAUCUUCAGUGCACAGUUUCAAAAUUAACUCAUCUACAUUUUAGCAAUUUUCAUUUUAUGGCAAUACAUAUCAUAAAAAUUAGUUCUGUUUAUCAAUGGUCAAUUUAUAACAGCCUGUUCCUCUCAAGGCAUCUAACAUUAUCAUAUGGUCACAGUACUCACGAUCCAUAAUGCAUACCAUCAACUUUCCUGAUUGGUGUUGCUCUCCUGGGCCGGGAAGGUGGUGAGAUAUUGCCAAAUUUCAAAAUCCAAGCGAGGGAUGAAAGGCACUAAUUAAAAUAGUUAUGCAGAGUACACUUUCAUUUAAAAAAUGAAGAGAACAAUACCAGAAUGUAGGUAAUGACAUGAUUGUUCCAAACAACAACUCUGUGAAUGCUGUUUAGGUGAUGGCUCACAAUGUUACACCAUUAUGAAAAAUUCUCAUGAUUAUUGAUCUGGAGGAUACUGUAGUGAAGAUGCAGUUAGACCAGAGUUGUUCCAGUAUUGAGCUUAGACGUAUAAGGACUGAGUUCACAGCUAUAUUUAAUACAUAAAUUACCCAUAAAUUUAAAAUAUAAAUUUCAACAAAGGUCAGGAAAUAGCAAAAAAAACGAAGAAAUUGCAAAUGCUGAAAAUCAGAAACAAAAACAGAAAUUACUGGAAAGUCUCAGCAAGUCUGGCAGCAUCUGUGGACAGAAAUUAGAUUAAGAUUUCAGGUCCAGUGACCCUUCCUCAGAACUGGGUUUUCAGAUUUUGUUCAGGGAUUGGCAGCACUAGACAAGUUCUCCUGGUGUUAUCAAAUAUGUAUGGGUGAAUAAGAAAUAUAGAUUUUAUUAAUGAUGACAACCUCAGAAAUUAUACUGAGAAAUUCAGGGAAAGCAAGUCAACUUGAUUGACAUGAUAGUUCUUUUAACUGACACACUUUUCAGUUUCUACAUAUGGAGCAGGAGAAGCUAUUAAAGUUUUUUUUAUCAUG